AGGGUCCCCGGUCUCAGGCGAUGCACCCUGGGCUCCUGCAGUUUCCUGCCUGGGCGCGGCGGUGUCCGCCCCAGCCUGCAGCGCUGCGCAGCGCAGAGGAGAAACGCGAUAGGAGGCAGCAGCUGGCCUCCCACCACCCUAAAAAUAAUCCACCCGCCGGCUGCCGACCGACCCGGGAGGGAAACUUGUCGUCCCAUGGAGUGCGUGAGCUCCUCGGCUUGCUACAGAACGACCACAGACCACUGGGAGGAGUCCCUGGCUGAGCUGGGUGUACUGGUUUGAAAGUUACGGCUUCAGACUGUGGGCUGGCGUUUGGAAGGUAGUUGAAGUGACCGGUAGGGGGACCGAGCACAGAAGCCAAGCUCAAGGCUAACCAGAUCAGGAGAAAUGAGUCUGUCUUUCUGUGGGAACAACAUCUCCUCCUAUAACAUCUAUCACGGUGUUCUCCAGAACCCCUGCUUUGUGGAUGCCCUCAACCUGGUCCCUCACGUCUUCCUGCUGUUCAUCACCUUCCCGAUACUGUUCAUCGGAUGGGGGAGUCAAAGCUCGAAGGUGCAAAUCCAUCACAACACGUGGCUUCACUUUCCGGGACACAACCUGAGAUGGAUUCUGACAUUCGCUCUCCUGUUCGUCCAUGUUUGCGAGAUAGCAGAAGGCAUUGUUUCCGACUCGCGGCGGGAGUCCAGGCAUCUCCACCUUUUCAUGCCGGCCGUGAUGGGAUUUGUUGCCACUACAACGUCCAUCGUGUAUUAUCACAAUAUUGAAACAUCAAAUUUCCCUAAAUUACUUUUAGCUUUAUUCCUGUACUGGGUAAUGGCCUUCAUCACGAAGACGAUAAAGUUGGUCAAAUACUGGCAGUUGGGGUGGGGAAUGUCAGAUCUGCGCUUCUGCAUCACCGGCGUGAUGGUAAUCUUGAAUGGGCUGCUGAUGGCGGUGGAGAUCAAUGUCAUCCGGGUCAGAAGAUAUGUUUUCUUCAUGAAUCCUCAGAAAGUGAAGCCUCCAGAAGACCUCCAGGACCUGGGUGUGAGGUUCCUCCAGCCAUUUGUGAACUUACUGUCCAAAGCUACAUACUGGUGGAUGAACACGCUGAUCAUAUCUGCUCAUAGGAAGCCUAUUGAUCUGAAGGCCAUCGGAAAGUUGCCCAUAGCAAUGAGGGCAGUGACAAACUAUGUCUGCCUGAAGGAUGCCUAUGAAGAGCAAAAGAAAAAGGUUGCAGACCAUCCAAAUCGGACCCCAUCCAUAUGGCUGGCCAUGUACAGAGCCUUCGGGAGACCAAUCUUGCUGAGCAGCACGUUCCGAUACUUGGCUGACUUGCUGGGGUUUGCUGGUCCUCUCUGUAUUUCUGGAAUAGUCCAGCGUGUGAAUGAAACCAAGAAUGGAACAAAUAACACUACAGGAAUUUCAGAGACACUGUCAUCGAAGGAAUUUCUGGAAAACGCCUAUGUGCUGGCGGUCUUGCUCUUCCUGGCCCUUAUUCUGCAAAGGACAUUUCUGCAGGCUUCCUACUAUGUCACCAUAGAGACUGGCAUCAACCUCCGUGGGGCUCUGCUGGCUAUGAUAUACAAUAAAAUCCUUCGGCUCUCUACUUCCAACCUAUCCAUGGGCGAGAUGACCCUGGGACAGAUCAACAACUUGGUUGCCAUAGAAACCAACCAGCUCAUGUGGUUCUUGUUCCUGUGUCCCAAUCUGUGGGCCAUGCCCGUUCAGAUCAUAAUGGGGGUGAUCCUGCUGUACAACUUGCUCGGAUCCAGCGCGCUGGUUGGCGCUGCUGUCAUUGUGCUCCUUGCGCCGAUUCAAUAUUUCAUAGCCACGAAGCUGGCCGAGGCCCAGAAGAGCACACUGGAUUAUUCCACCGAGAGGCUGAAAAAGACAAAUGAGAUCCUGAAAGGCAUCAAGCUCCUUAAACUGUACGCCUGGGAGCACAUUUUCUGCAAAAGUGUGGAAGAGACGCGGAUGAAGGAGCUCUCCAGCCUCAAAACCUUCGCGCUCUACACGUCACUCUCCAUCUUCAUGAAUGCAGCGAUCCCCAUCGCAGCUGUUCUUGCAACGUUUGUGACACACGCGUAUGCCAGCGGGAACAGCCUGAAGCCUGCAGAGGCCUUUGCUUCUCUGUCCCUCUUCCAUAUCCUCGUCACGCCGCUCUUCCUGCUGUCCACCGUGGUCAGGUUUGCCGUCAAAGCCAUCAUCAGCGUUCAGAAGCUGAAUGAGUUUCUCUUGAGUGAUGAGAUUGGCGAGGACAGCUGGAGGACGGCGGAGGGCUCGCUGCCGUUUGAGUCCUGUAAAAAGCACACUGGAGUGCAAUCAAAACCGAUAAACAGGAAGCAGCCUGGAAGAUACCACCUAGACAGCUAUGAGCAAUCACGCCGCCUCCGGCCUGCAGAGACAGAGGAUAUUGCAAUAAGGGUGACAAAUGGAUACUUCUCAUGGGGCAGUGGUUUAGCUACAUUAUCCAAUAUUGACAUUCGAAUUCCAACAGGUCAGUUAACCAUGAUCGUGGGUCAAGUGGGGUGUGGCAAAUCAUCUCUUCUCCUUGCCAUCCUUGGAGAGAUGCAAACCCUGGAAGGAAAAGUCUACUGGAGCAACGUAAAUGAAUCUGAGCCUUCUUUUGAAGCAGCCCGAAGCAGAAGCAGGUAUUCUGUGGCUUAUGCUGCCCAGAAGCCCUGGCUCCUAAAUGCUACGGUGGAGGAAAACAUCACCUUUGGGAGUCCUUUCAACAGACAGAGGUACAAAGCUGUCACCGACGCCUGCUCUCUUCAGCCGGAUAUUGAUUUGUUACCAUUUGGAGACCAAACUGAAAUUGGAGAGAGGGGCAUUAACCUGAGUGGGGGUCAGAGACAAAGGAUCUGUGUUGCCCGGGCACUCUACCAAAACACUAACAUUGUCUUCUUGGAUGACCCAUUCUCUGCCCUGGACAUCCACCUGAGUGACCACUUGAUGCAGGAAGGGAUUCUGAAGUUUCUCCAAGAUGACAAGAGGACGGUUGUUCUUGUGACUCACAAGUUGCAGUACCUGACACAUGCUGACUGGAUCAUAGCCAUGAAGGAUGGGAGUGUGCUAAGAGAAGGGACUUUGAAAGACAUUCAGACCAAAGAUGUGGAGCUUUAUGAACACUGGAAAACUCUCAUGAAUCGACAAGAUCAAGAAUUAGAAAAGGACAUGGAAGCCGACCAGACCACGCUGGAGAGGAAGACACUCCGAAGAGCUAUGUACUCAAGGGAGGCCAAGGCGCAGAUGGAAGAUGAAGACGAAGAGGAAGAGGAGGAGGAAGACGAUGAUGACAACAUGUCAACCGUGAUGAGACUCAGGACCAAGAUGCCCUGGAAGACCUGUUGGUGGUACCUCACUUCGGGAGGGUUUUUCUUGCUCUUCCUCAUGAUGUUCUCCAAGCUCUUGAAGCACUCAGUGAUUGUGGCCAUAGACUACUGGCUGGCUACAUGGACAUCCGAGUACAGUAUAAACCAUACUGGGAAAGCUGACCAGACUUUCUAUGUGGCUGGAUUUAGCAUUCUCUGCGGAGCGGGCAUUUUCCUUUGCCUCGUCACCUCUCUCACUGUGGAAUGGAUGGGCCUUACAGCUGCCAAGAACCUCCACUACAAUCUCCUUAAUAAGAUAAUCCUUGGGCCAAUAAGGUUCUUUGAUACCACACCCUUGGGACUGAUUCUCAAUCGGUUCUCUGCUGAUACUAACAUCAUUGACCAGCACAUCCCUCCAACCUUGGAAUCGCUGACCCGCUCCACCCUGCUCUGCUUGUCUGCCAUCGGGAUGAUCUCCUACGCUACGCCCGUGUUCCUUGUCGCCCUAGUGCCCCUCGGCGUCGCCUUUUACUUCAUCCAGAAAUACUUCCGAGUUGCUUCUAAGGAUCUCCAGGAGCUUGAUGACAGCACCCAGCUCCCCCUGCUUUGCCACUUCUCGGAGACGGCUGAAGGGCUCACCACCAUUCGGGCCUUCAGGCAUGAAACCAGAUUCAAGCAACGCAUGCUAGAGCUAACAGACACGAACAACAUUGCCUACUUAUUUCUCUCGGCUGCCAACAGAUGGCUGGAGGUCAGGACGGACUACCUGGGAGCUUGCAUCGUCCUCACAGCAUCCAUCGCGUCCAUCAGCGGAUCUUCCAACUCUGGACUAGUGGGUCUGGGGCUUCUGUACGCCCUCACGAUAACCAAUUAUUUGAAUUGGGUUGUGCGGAACUUGGCUGACUUGGAGGUCCAGAUGGGUGCGGUGAAGAAAGUGAACAGUUUCUUGACUAUGGAGUCUGAGAACUACGAAGGCACCAUGGAUCCUUCUCAAGUUCCAGAACAUUGGCCACAGGAAGGCGAGAUCAAGAUUCAUGAUCUAUGUGUCAGAUAUGAAAAUAACCUGAAGCCCGUUCUGAAACACGUCAAGGCUUACAUCAAACCUGGGCAGAAGGUGGGCAUUUGUGGUCGCACUGGCAGUGGGAAGUCGUCCUUGUCUCUGGCAUUCUUCAGAAUGGUCGACAUAUUUGACGGAAAGAUAGUCAUCGAUGGGAUAGACAUCUCCAAGCUUCCCCUGCACACGUUGCGUUCCAGACUGUCCAUUAUUCUCCAGGACCCCAUCCUGUUCAGCGGGUCCAUCAGAUUUAACUUGGAUCCUGAGUGCAAGUGCACGGAUGACAGGCUCUGGGAGGCUCUAGAGAUCGCCCAGCUGAAGAACAUGGUGAAAUCUCUUCCAGGAGGCUUAGAUGCCACUGUCACUGAAGGUGGAGAGAAUUUCAGCGUCGGACAGAGACAGCUGUUUUGCUUGGCCAGGGCCUUCGUGAGAAAAAGCAGUAUACUCAUCAUGGACGAAGCCACAGCCUCCAUUGACAUGGCCACGGAAAAUAUUUUGCAGAAAGUGGUAAUGACAGCCUUUGCGGACCGCACAGUCGUGACCAUAGCUCACCGGGUUCACACCAUUCUGACGGCAGACCUGGUUAUCGUGAUGAAGCGAGGAAACAUUUUGGAAUACGACACCCCAGAGAGCCUCUUGGCCCAGGAAGAUGGAGUCUUUGCCUCGUUCGUCCGUGCAGACAUGUGAAGGGAAGCCUUCAACACUACUCGGAUCUAAAUGCCUGCAGUCAGCCCACCCCAGGGAGCCUCACCCUUGGCCUUCAUAGGGCAGCAGCAAGAAACCUGGGCAGAUUUCUGUAUGGAAAAGUUGAAGCUUCCGUGUCCUGCUUUGGUUUAACAGUUUCCUAAGACACACUUAUCGUAGGUUCACCAGGGAUUCUUUUUCUGAUGAUCAGGCCGGGUUAGAAUGGCAGGCUAUGUUAAAACAUGCAAGCUACUUUAAGAGGUAAAUCAGUUUGAGUUGAGUCUGGGCAGUGUCUGUCAUACAUGGGAGUUGGAGUGAGUAAUCUAUAUUACCACCCUCUUCCCCGGAAGGCUAACCUUGCCUCGCUGUUGGGGUGACCUGUAGGAAGAGAGUAAAAGAAAACUCAUUUUUGAACGAGAUACUCAAGUCCAUGUAUCCGCCUUAGAAUAUUUUCUGCGCUCUUAACGUUUUUUUUUUUUUUAACUUUUCCCCUUUUACAUAAUUUCCUGUCACCAAGAAUUAUCACAUUUUUGGUACCUCUCUGUAAAACCAACCUCUUAUAAGAGAAGGAUCAUGACAAGAGUUUGAAUAUUUGAAAACAUUAUACUUGUUUCCAUUUUCCUCUGUCCAAUAAACAGGAAGUUCAAGUUAGGUUCAGUCCUUUAGCAAGGGGUCAGUUAAGCUUUCUGGAGUUUAAUUCUUUGUCAGCAAGGUAAUGACUCUGAACCCUGAAAUGCUAUAUUAUUCAGGAUCCAAAGGAAUAUAGGUAAAUGGCCUUAUCCAUCACUCACACCAUAUAUGUAUGUGUAUAUAUAUAUGCAUAUAUAUAUUCAUGUCACAUAUAUGCAUAUAUAUAUAUUCUUGUCACAUCUCAGCUGUAUGCUAACCUUGGCACGUGCUCAUUCCUCAAGGGUACCAGCUAUUCCCUACAAUACAUCUCUGUGGGAGGGAUUAUACAGACAGUGAUUGUUUAUUUUCCACUUGGCAAAUUUCACCCAUAGACAUGGAUGACAUACACGUGGCCAUUUGUCCUGUUCUAAUUUUAGUGCACAAGAGUAUACCAGAAAUAUGCAGGAUAUUAGGUGUCCUGUUUCACUUAAAGGCGAACUCACUGAACAUUAGCUUCCCUGUGAUUCUAGCUACCACAGUUCCUGUAACCCUUGCCCAUCUGCUACGAGCAUUGCUGAGUUUCCUAGGGGGGAGGGGGAUCUUCACACAUUACAAGAUCUCAAGGACUUGUAAUUGAUGGGGAAUGUAUUUGUUUCAAGACUUUAUAUGCUUGUAUAUCAACAUAUAUAUCCAGGUGCAGAACCCUAAUGUGAGAAGUUCAUGAAGAUGGAUAAAAACAGUCUGGAUUACUUUGCUUUGUCACACAAAUAAAAAAACUUCAUUAGGAGAAAUUAAUAGUAUUUGCAGAAAGCCAGUAGAUCACAGUCAUCACCAAUAAACUCAGUCUCAGAAGUACUUCAUAAAAGUUUGACUGACCUUCUGAAACACUGCUGGUGUGAAAAGGUUCUGUUUAGAGCUGAAUAUCCAUGAUGUUUGUUACCAAGUCACACCUCCUUCUUACAUAGAGAGGUUUGCCUACAGACGUAGCCGCUUCAGGUGUAAAACUACACUAUCCUGUGCAGAAGUGAGUCUUUGGUUCCCUAGAGCCUUUACUUGCUUACAUUGAGUAAAUGUUUAUUUGCAAAACCUACCAAGUGAAGUCAGGGGUGAUGUUCUCAGUUAAUUAAUCAUGCACUAGUUUGUUUGUCUUACUUCCAGUGACAGGAAGGAAUUUAUGGGCAGAGUUUCUUUGUCUCAGCAGCUGCUACCAAGUAACCAUUCAGAGACUUAUUAUUAAUUAUAAAUGCUCAGACAAUAGCCUAGGCUUGUCUCCAGCCAGCUCUUAAAACUUAAAUGAACCCGUUUCUAUUAAUCUAUGUGCUGUCCUGAAGCUAUAAACUUCCCAUGUUGCUUCUUCUGUGUCUGGCUCAAGAUCCCUCCGACUCUGCCCUUCUUCUUCCCAUCAUGCUCUCUGCCUAGCUAUCAGCCAAUAGGCUUUUUAUUAACAAUGAGAGCAACACAUAUCUACAGUGUACAAAGAUUUUUUUCCACAGCAGGAGUUUUUUUUUACUACAGGUUUAAAAAAUGUCAAGGAAAGAAAAUAAUCUCAACAGAGUUAGACUUUACGUUCAUCUAACCAAAUCAACUUUACAUAAAUUUAUUCUUUACUAUCUGUAAAAAAAGCAAUAAAUGCAAAAAAAGUUCAUAGUAAAAUGACAGGUUAUCGGUGUCAUUGUGCAAGUAAAGGUAGUUUCCCUCAAAGGUUGUGACCAUCCAGCAUUUCUCACAAUUCUCCUGGAUCUAGAUUAGGUACCAUGAGAUCUUCUAAGUAACUGGUAUUAUGACAUGGACUGUGUCCUGUCCAUCUCUGUGCCCUAAACAAAUGAGUAGCUCCAAAGAAAUAUGACAAUUUACCCACUGAUUCUUUUUACUGCUAGUCACAUGGUUGUUUACUCUUUCCUACUCCUUGUUAUUCUUAUUCUAUUUAUUCUCAGAUAUUAAAUUUGUUUAUUAUGUGCACUAUGUUUACUCUCCAUAGUAUGUGAGAACAUAUUGGCUUAUCUUAUGUAAUAAACUAGUCCUUUUGUUUACUCAA